CACGACGCGCGAAAGCGAGGAAGAAAUCCGGUGACAAUGUCGCCAAAGUUAAUGCAGAUGGCACAAGACCCUUGGAUCGGUCGGCGUCUAAGACCCAAUGCACCGGUCCACAGACCUCGGGGCUUGGCGACCUCCAUCGCCAGAUUAGUGGAAGUGGCAGCACUCCAUCUACUCCUCCACCUUCACUCCACCCUCGCCACUGCAGUGAGACCGGCAGUUUAGCCUCAUCCACCCCGUGUACUCAGCGCCAGACUUGUGCAGGAGACAGUUCACCAUCAACUCCCCCACCUGCACUACCUGUCAGGCUGCUGUCACAACACAGCGCGCCCUGCAGCAGCAACAGUAACUUCAGCCCUCACUUAGCGGGCAGCAAAACGUGUGUUUACGCAUCCGCGGAUGCGGAAUAUUGUGCUUCCAGCAUCGCUGCUGCUGCUGUAGCUGCUGCAGAGCACGGCAGCAUGAGCAGCUGCAGUGCUGUGGUGCUGCGCGAGUGCGUGCUGUGUCUGCAAGACGUUCCUGCUGAUCAGUUCCCCAAGUUGUUCACGUGUUCACACUCGGCAUGCAUCACGUGUCUCAAGCAAUACCUCGCCAUGGAAAUCUCAGAGUCACGUAUCACCAUCACGUGUCCUAAGUGCAGCGAGCUUAUGCACCCAACCGAUAUCCACCAGAUCUUGAACAACUCAGCCUUAUCCUACAAAUUCGAAGACUUCAUGCUACGGCGCGUGCUGUCUACUGACCCCGACACAAGAUGGUGUCCGGCACCUGAUUGUGGUUACGCCGUAAUAGCCUCAGGCUGCGCCAGCUGUCCUAAGCUGCAGUGUGAGCGACCAGGGUGCGGCAGCCACUUCUGCUACCACUGCAAGGCAGAGUGGCAUCCCAACCAGACUUGUGACAUGGCACGGGGACAGAGAACUCCUCACUUCCCUUAUAAUAUUUCGUCUUCACAUAGCGAUGACGACGUGAAAGCGUGUCCACGAUGCCAGGUGCUCAUUGUCAAGAUGGACGACGGGUCAUGUAACCACAUGACGUGCUCGGUGUGUGGUGCAGAGUUCUGCUGGUUGUGCAUGAAGGAAGUUUCUGAUCUGCACUACCUCAGCCCUUCGGGCUGCACUUUCUGGGGCAAGAAGCCCUGGUCACGCAAGAAAAAAGCCUUAUGGCAGCUAGGCACGCUAGUGGGAGCGCCCUUGGGUAUAGCAUUGCUCGCAGGACUCGCUGUGCCCGCUAUCAUCAUCGGCAUCCCGAUCUGGGCAGGCAGGAAGGUGCAUGCCAAGUACAGUUCUGCUGGGAGACACAAGCGCAACGCUAUGGUCGUGUGCAGCGUUGUCUGGUCGAGUUUGCUGUCUCCCGUGAUCGCGGGAGUUGCAGUCAGCAUUGGCGUGCCAAUCCUCCUUGCGUAUGUGUACGGUGUGGUGCCAAUCUCGCUGUGCCGUUCUGGAGGAUGUGGUGUCAUCACGUCCGCAUCUGGCGUCAGGAUAGCAUUUGAUGACGAGGCUGACAACAGCAACACGCCAGCGUCAUCAGCUGCUCUCACCGCUGCCAACAUCGCCAUGAGCGGAGCCGCUGCUGUGCGCAGCUUCGCCAGAUUAAACGACGGCGGAGUCUCAAGCGUGAGCGGCGUUGGCAGCGCGAGCUGCGAUGGCGUGAGCACGGAGAGCGUGGCUGGCGUGGACGGUGGGGGCGAAGAACCUGACAGAGAGAGCGCCAGCAACGUGGCCAUCGCACCGCCUUCUUUAGCAGGAUCGAUAGCCUCUUCUUCAUGUUAUGGUGUUCGCUCCCACAAACUGGAGGUGCACGUUGAGAUGGGCGGCGACUACACGUCGUCGCGCAUCACAGGCGGUGGGACGAGCAGGUGCGGUGUGGUCCAGUGCCGCGCACCUGACACUGAUUCUCUCGCGGUAUCAGAGCGCUCUGUCAACACUCCUGACGUUGACACAGCGUCUACACGCGCUCUUGCUGGCUCCGUGCAGCGAUAUAAGGUACAGGAAGAAGGGGAGCACUGCACCGUAGUGUCUUUAAGCAACGUAACGAACGUGGCCCAGGCGGGCGACAGCGCCAGCACGGUUAUGUUGGACGCCUCGGACUGCGGCGCCCACAGCAGCGUCGGUGUCAUCGCCAACACCGAUAGCGUCGCCGCGCCGUCCAUCUUGUCGUCUAUCUCUGCCAACACGACCACCAACUUGUAUAUCCCCGAGGGAGGCUGUGGUAGGGACGGUCUUGGCAGGGGAAGCGGUGACGCUGGUAUAGAUGACGACGUUAGCAUUCAUCACCACCAUCAUGAUCACCAUAGAGUGCAUCAUAAUCAUCACCACCACCAUGAUCACCAUAGAGUGCAUCAUAAUCACCACCACCACCAUCACGAAGCGACAAAUGAUGAUGAUGCUACCGACUACUUGAGUGGUGAUGGAGGUAUAGAUGGAACGACUGAUGUUAGUGACAGACACGAUCCUCUGCAUGGUAGCGAUCCAAGGCUGGACAGCGUGAGUGCCAUCAUCACGGCACGUAAAUUCUCCGCUCACUCUAAGGGCGUCACGUUCUCUAUUGGAUCCGCGUCAUCGCAGAGCAGAGACCACAUCUCUUUGAACCUCGAAGAUCAUUUUUCGGAGACUGGCUCUGGUGCCUCUGUGUCCUGCGUAUCGGCCUCUGCCAUGUCGGGCGUAUCAGCCUCGGCGCUCUCAAGUAUUUCUGCCUCAGCCGUGUCUGCAGCCUCAGGGUCUCUUGGUAACUUCUCUUCAGGUGCAGAGAGGGAACAACAAAGCUAUCCCAUUGACGUUAGCGGCGGCAGUAAAAUGCAUUACUGUGCGUCAGGUGAACGUGGGGAAGCUGCUUUUAUGGAAAGUUGGUAUGAAACUAGCAAUGGUAAAGGAUCCGAUGGUGAAAAUAACCUAACAGGAGCAGCUGACCUCAGCAGUGUCAGCAGCUGCACGGUUAAUCAAAGCUGCUGUGAUUCCGACAGCCCCCAGAACACCUUUGGACAGGCUCUUGAUUACAGAGAGGCUUAUGGCGCAGGACAUUACAGCCCAAACAGAACCCCUGCGAACCUGAACAUGCCUGUGUCAACUGUGGCGGCGGAACAAACCGCUGCACUAGAAUGUGUUGACGCUGCUAUCGUGGACAGGAUUGCUGCAAUUUCAAUCGGUGCGUGCGCCGGAAACACGUAUGCCGACGCUGGUGUGUCGAGAUGUGGUGGCAAUGAGAGUGAGUCUGAAAGCACACGACCGACUUUAUGCCAAGGUGUAAAUUGUCCCCGUAGCUUUAGUGAAUUCAAUAACCCUGGACGUGCUCCUUUAGAGCGACAUCGCUCGGUUCCCGAAACCUGCGGAGACAGCAGUUCAAUCCCCGGUAUUGAACAUGGCGCAUCACAGAACUCGUCGACGCAAGCCCCUGGUUAUGUAUGUGUUCAGCUCUCGUCGUCCUCCUCACGCGAGGCUUCUAAACGCACCCAAUCUUUGAGCCUCCUGCACAGCUGAGCGUCAAAUACCGCACCUGGUCAUGUAUCUCUCUUGCAUAGUAAUGUAGCUUCUGUUCAGUACUAAUAAGGCUUUAGUGAAGCCUCUCUAGAUGUUGCGAUGUCAGCCUCUAACUGUGAUAAUAAGUAAGUAGUUUAAAUCUCUUGAUUAUGCUGUCUUCAUCUUUCUAAAAUUGUAAUUUAUGGUGUUCUGUACUAUAUUAACUUGUCACAUUGUUGAGUAGUUAAACAAUCGUUUCAAGAUGCGAUGUUCUUUGAAUGCUCAGAAAAUUUGUGAUGUUGUGAACCUGAAAACUCUACAGUUUUCUUGUCAUUCACUCUCUAUAAGACUGUAACCAACGUCAGUCUGUACUAACUCGAAACUUUUUUCGAUAAAUUUAGGUUCCUUCUCUUGUUUAGUAUUUUUAUUGUUUUAAUUUAGGUACUGAAUUACCUAGAAAUUGUCUUCGCCACUCUACGCUUUUGACUGAGAUCAUCUUUUCCAAUGAUUUCUACAGAGUGCGGAACGUACCGUAGGUAGGUUAUUAAUUCCGUCAUGGCAAAGCGCUCAAGUUUCCCGAAUAUUAAACUUCCUGAAGAUUGUCUUCUCUUAAAUAUCAUGCAAUUCUGUGUAUUAUACUGGCUCUCUGUUUGGCCACAUUAAUUCUUCCAUUUAAAUUUCUCAAAGAGCGUGUGUGCUCAACUAUUUUUAUUGAUAGCGAAUUUCCAUUAUGAUUCACGAUCAACAUUUAUUCUCCAUUAGUUAUAAUAUCAUAUUAUGUUCAGUGGACGAUGUGAAGUGUUUUCUUAGAUCUUGGGGCGAAGUCUUGCUUGUGUACUUCCUAUUUACUUGUUCAUGUAUUGAUUCAUUGUCAGGUUAAUCGAUGAAAUUGUCGAUUUGAGGGUAGUUGCUAUUUGAUGUUCAUAGUUCCCGCCAUCUUUUGUUGUUGAGAACAAAACUGCAGAAUAAUGCGCUAGAUUAAAUUCAACUACCGAGGUUUACUUGCGUACUUUAAUUAUAUUUAAUCGAUCACUUGUCUUGAUUUUCUCACUCACGUUCCUCAUGACAUAUAUUCUUCGAAUACAUCAACAGCUAACAAUGUUAUUGGGAUUGUUAAUUUUAUAGUAGGACUAAUACUAUACUCGUAAGUCCUUUUAACGUCAAAAUAACCUUACCAUCGGCGAACAAAAGUUGUCUACUGUUAAAUCACUUGUUUUCUACUGUUCGCGAUUUUUCUGAAUGGGUGAAAUUACUUUCGAAAUAACCUCGUUCCUUAUUCUGUUAUGAUCUUCUAAUGCUUUAAUCUGUCCAUUUAUUUUCUUGCCAGUAUUAUUCUUCUCGUUAUUGUGCUGGUAACAUUAUGUCCUCUUCAUUGUGAUUUUUUUAUCCCAAUCAAUUGUAAGAUUGACCAGGAUUCUCUCUGUGGAUUUACCCAUUUAUCCAUGCUUAUGUACCAAGCUUUUCCGCUACUGCGCCUUCAGUUUGUCCGGUUUAUUAGUGCGAGUCUUUUCUGGUUUAUUAGUGCGAGUCUCUUUACAGCACACGCUGCUGUCAUGGUAUCUAUUUCGUUUUGCCAUCUUUAAUUAAAUUAUCGAUUUUAUCUGAAUCCAUCCAUCGGUUGAGCCGGUGACUGCUGAACUUCGUUUGAUUAUCUUGCACUGACGAUUUUCUACUUUGCACAUAAUUUUGUUGUUUUGAAUUUUGUUUCCGGCAAAGAAUAUUUAUCACGUGGAAUUAUCAGUUAUUAGAUUACACUUGUUACGGACUGAUCUCUGCAGUGCUAUUACUUCACAUAAAAUGUUUCCCCUGGCGAAUAUAUCGAUCACUCUUCAGUUUUCAUAUGUUAACUGUCACGGACACUGAUUAUUGAAUCUCUCGAUUAUCCAAAAUCGAAUCGUUUUUUCGAGCCUGCAUGUUAGGCUAUGCAGUACGAAAGUCUGGAUGAAGAAUUUUUCUAAUCUUUUUUAUCUCGAAUAAAGUUAUGGUUGUGGAAGGUGCUAGUUUUAUCCUUUGCUUUGAACAGCUAUAUUUAACCUUUCGAUUUUAUUUGACGUUACUUCGAAUGGAAAUGACUUAUUAUAACCUAAGUUUCUCUAUAUUUUCAAUGGAUGUAGUGUGAACGACAAGUCAGGCCGCAAUAGUUCCUUGUUGACAGAUCGUAAGAUAGAAACUUUGAUAUGCGAACGAACAUUGUAUUUAUGAAACCUAUACGAAACUAUGUUAAUAGUUGGUUGUUGUAUUUCUUUUGCAUUGAUUAUUUUAAUCGCUAGCUGACAUUGUUUUCUGCAGUCUUGCGACAUUAAGAGAAAAAUAAACUCAUUCAGGCAUGAUUGUAUGAAAUAGUGAGGUAAACAUCUUCAAUAACUUUAUGUAUUUACCGCGUAUACGCUAUCGCCCGCGUACCUUCCUGCGUAUUAUGCGUUCUAUUAACCUUAAUUGUAGCUCAUAACUAUCAAUUGUGAUUGCUCUUCCUAUGAGUCUUUUACGUCGGUGUGGAGAUAAGGAGUCUCCCAUUCUGUGCUCAAUGCUGUCUCUCAUUGCCGUGUGUGUAGUUUUGUAUAUUUCUACGUUAGCGCGUACGUCACUGGAGGAGAUUCCUGGCACUAAUUUAUUGUAUAGAUUGUGUGUACAAGGGCCACGCGUUCCUUGUAUACCGUAGGGCAGGUUAGCGUCGAAAAACUGUCUGUGUGAUGUCAUUUUUUCUUGGACAAUAAAAAAAUGCGCUCUUGAA